AGGAGAGGCUGUGAGAGGUGGGGCUCUUCGCCUGUUUGCCAACUAAGGUGCGCCAUCGUCACCUGGGGCCCACGUGGGGCACCAGCUUGGACUGCAGGAGCCCUCUGAGCCAGCUGGCCUUUGCCCCUCCCCAUGGCAUCCCUCCAGCCGGGCUCUUCAGGACUCUACCUGGAACCGCAGAUGGGACCCAGAGAUGACUCGGAUUCUGAUUCCGACAGCCCAGCCCCCAGCGGCACUAGGCCCGGGGCGGCCUACCCCACCUGCUCCCAGGUCAUCCACAGUGGACAUUUCAUGGUGUCGUCUCCGCACAGCGAUGUGGGGCCUCGCCGGCGCCACCAUCAGGCGGAGCAGGAAUCCCCUGCCCCUCCAAGCAUCGACCCCACCCUCACCCGGCUUUUUGAGUGCAUGAGCCUGGCCUACAGUGAGAAACUGGUGUCCCCCAAAUGGAAGAAUUUCAAGGGGCUGCGGCUGCUUUGCCGGGACAAGAUACGCCUCAACAAUGCCAUUUGGAGAGCCUGGUACAUCCAGUAUGUGGAACGUCGGAAGAGUCCCGUCUGUGGAUUCGUCACCCCCCUGGAUGGCUCAGAGGCAGAUGAGCACCGGAAGCCAGAGGCUGUUGUGCUGGAAGGGAACUAUUGGAAGCGACGCAUUGAGGUGGUGAUGAAGGAGUAUCACAAGUGGCGGAUCUACUACAAGAAAAGGCUCCGCAGGUUCAGCCGGGAAGAGGAAACCGCCAGCCCCAAACUAGCUGAACCUUGGAAGUCUCCGGAAAACUGGUGCGACCACCUCUUCUCCAACGUGGUCCCGAUGCUGCUGCGGGACCAGGAGGAGGAGGCCGAGGGGAGGCAGCUCUUUGAUCUGGACAGCUUCAUCUCCGACAUCUCGGACACCCUCUUCACCAUGACCCAGGCCAGCUGCCCCCCUCAGUUGUCACCGGAAGAAGCCUACAUUGGCAAUGCAGACAUGAUCCAACCAGACCUGGCGCCGCUGCAGCCGACCCUCGAUGAUUUCAUGGAGAUAUCUGAUUUCUUUUCCAGCCCUCGGCCGCUGCCAGCUCAGACGUCCCUGAACUACCAGGACCAGCCCUGUUUUGCACCAGAGACCCUCUUCGGGACCACCGGCACCACCCUCCUCUCUAGCCCUGCAGACACCUUACUUUCCCCAGGCCCUGCCGCUUCUCCCGUCCUGCCCAGUCCUCGGCACCAGCCAGCCAGCGGUUGCCCUGCUCACCUCAGUUCACCUGGCGCCUUCCUCAACCAUGACCUCCUGCCGGCUCCACCCUCCUCGACGCCCCCCAGCAGCCUCGGCCCUGACCUCAAGCAGAAGUCCGUGUUCCCAUAUACGUACCCUGCCAAAUGGCUCAGCCUAGACCCCUAUGGGUCCUACUGCCCCACCCCAAUGCCCGGCGCCCCUCUGCUGAGCCAGGAGCCAGGGCGCCCUCCUGCCCCCAACCCCAAGUUCCACUACCCGCCCUCCCCGCUCUUCUCCCGACCCCCAUCCCCAUCGCUCUCCACUCCCUGCUUUUCCCAGAACGUCCCGGGGUACAGCAUGGACCUGUCCUCAGGGUACCACUCUCCUCUCAGCACCCCACACCUACACACUGGUGUGCAAAGUCCCCCCAUAUUUGCUGCUGGUAGGGGGCAGCCACAGUCGGGGAGUGACCGGCCCAGGGCAAAGGGGGCCAAUGCCAAGACCAAGAGGCCCUCGAGAAUCCCAGCACCUCCACUUGUGGCAAUGCCCAACCCGUGUCUGACACAGCUGCUGAUCUCAGCUAAACCAGAGCCAAUUCAAGAUGCUUUUCCUGGUCCUAGCCACACCGUUGCUCCUCCGGUGCCUGAACCUCUGCAAAAUGCCUUUGGCGAGGAGCCGGCCAACUUCCUGCCCAGAAUGACCCAGCUCAGCCCUCGGCUGUCCCCCGCCUCCAGCCCCUCACAUUCCGUCCCAGCUGCGCUGCCAUCGGGACCCUUGCUCGUCCCCAAGACAGAACGGCUCUCCCCCACCCCUGUCUGUGCCAGUAACCGGAGGAUGUCGGGGCAGGGAUCCCCAGUGCUGCUGUUGGAGGGGAUGAUUUCUCCCAGCCCCUACUCGUGCAGUCGGAACAAGACGGAGCCAAGCAAGACCGAGAGCCGCCGGAUCACCCACAUCUCGGCUGAGCAGAAGCGCCGUUUCAACAUCAAGCUGGGCUUCGACACCCUGCACAGUUUGGUCAGCACACUGAGCUCCCAGCCUAGCCUCAAGGUCAGCAAAGCCACCACCUUGCAGAAGACGGCUGAGUACAUCAGCAAGCUGCAGCAAGAGCGAGCUGCCCUGCAGGAUGAGGCACAGCACCUGCGGGAUCAGAUCGAUGAACUGAAUGCUGCCAUCAACUUGUGCCAGCAGCAGCUGCCUGCCACGGGGGUGCCCAUCACCCGCCAGCGCUUCGACCAGAUGCGGGACAUGUUUGAUGACUACGUCCGUUCUUGCACCUUGCAGAACUGGAAGUUCUGGGUUUUCAGCAUCAUCAUGAGGCCACUCUUUGAGUCUUUCAAUGGAAUGGUCUCCACAAGCAGCAUGGAGACCCUCGGCCAGACAUCCUUGGCCUGGCUGGAUCAGUACUGCUCUCUCCCAGCACUGCGGCCCACCGUCCUGAGCUCCCUCCGUCAGCUGAGCGUUUCCACCUCGAUCCUGACCAACCCGGCGGCCAUCCCUGAGCAGGCCACCCAGGCAGUGACAAGGGCAGGAGCCAGCAAUGGUUCUUCGUAGCCCCAGAGGAUGAUGAGACUCCAGCAGGGGCUGUUGGCUAGAGCAGCACCAGCAAGAUCUCUCAUCCCAGCUGAGGAACUGUUUGUCCAGAGCGGCUUGGAGGAGAGAAGCAGCCUGGAAGAAACUGCCCACACCCCAGGCUGGCCAGCCCCCAUUCCUGGAAGGGAAGCCUCCUUCACCCUGGCAGGCUAUUCUGUGCCCAUUUCUUCCUGAAUUUACUAGCGACCACAGCUCAAAAACCACCCGGCGCAAGCCACAACCGCAGCACUCUCCACAUCCUGGCCUAUGUAGGAAGUGGACUUGCCACCAGACCUCAUGUAGGCUGUGUACUUCUUCACACAGCGCAUAGUUCAACUGUGGAACUCGCUCCUGCAGGGAGCAGUGAUGGCCACCAAACUAGAUGGCUCUAAAGAGGAUUAGACGAAUGCGGGAGGGGAGGGCUAUUGAUGGCUACA